AUGCUCUGGUUAAAGUUACCUGAGCCUUAAACUGAACUUCAAACUAUAAUAGAAUGCAAUAAUAUGCUUAGAAUUAGAUUGGAGCAAAGCAUUCUCAGAGUUUCACUAACUUAAAAUGCUUCAAAUUCACAAAGUACAGCCACUCUAACUUCAUUAGUGACAAAUAGCUUAAAUAUCAGUCUUUUUAGAAACGAUUCAUAGCAGUUGCAAUUUUGGAAUCAUUUAGCAGUUUCUUUCAGAGAUAAAAGAUUGAGAAUACAUGUGAAUGGAAUUUAGUAGGCUGAGAUCAUAAUAAACAACACUUAAGUUUAGAAUAUUUCCGAUUAUUGUUCUGUAGGAAAUACUCUAAUUUUAAAUGCUCCUUUUAAUGGUUUCAUAAGGCACCUUGUUUUCUUGAAUCAAGGCUUUACCACCAACUAAGAUAUUACUAAUAGAACGAAAUCAUCAAUCACCCCAAAUGACACUACUGUUCUCACUUAUUUAAAAUUUGGAAAGGAUACCCAUUUUUAAGAGCACUCUCAAUAUUACGCACUUCGGAAUCUGAUCUCAUCUAAUGUUAACAUAGAGUAUUCCAAUGAAGCCGAGACUGUUUGCUAUUGUACAAAACCAAAAGCUUCGUUUCUCAGAAUUCAGAAUACAUUUAAGUUAAAAGCACUAGAUAUGAGCCCACUCAAUGGCACUUUAGAUGCUAACGGUACUACUUUUAUAUUCUAGAUUUAUCCGAUUAUCAUGACUAGCUCUGAUGACUCAGUAAUUUAUUCACUUUAAUAAUAUGCUGAUAUUGUUUUGACUAAUAAGAGCACAAGACUAAGAAUUGAUUUAUACAACAGUGAGAGCUAGAUCUAGACAAGACUACUGUUUAGCUUGCAUUAGUUCAGAUUCUAAUUCUGGAGAACUUACAAUAUAACUAUUCGAUCAAACAGAGUCAUUUUAACUGUUGACCAAUAGGUUAUUUAAUCAAUAGAUCAUUAAGUCACUCUUCCUACUAGAAAAUCAAUCAAAUUACUAAUUUAGCCAUCAACCAUCACCGCCUUCAAUCAUCUGCUAAGCUAUAUCUAGAUUUAAUCUCUAUUUAUGAAUGGUACAGCUUCGAGAUUGAUUUUCAACAAAACCUUUACUUAAGAUGAAUUGAUCCCAAAUUUUUAGCUAAAAAAUACUACCUUUGGCACAUUAAUCUUCGAAGCUAAUAACUAGCUUUGCACUUUAAGUGAGCUUUACAAUCCUCAAAAUUUCAUUCAAGGCAACUCUUGUAAGAGCAGUAGAUUCGGUGCAUCUUUCAAUAACCAGUCAUAAUCAACUGGGCUUACGAGUUAAUUGAGAUCAUUGAAUUAAAACAGUACCAUACAGAUAUGGAUAAAGGAUUAGUCUAAGUUUACUUCAAAUUUAAAGUAAAUUAUGGUUAUCUUUGAGAACACAGUCAAUAAUCGCACACCAAUGGCUUAGAUAAGCAUUUUACCAGGAUUUACUAAUGAUACUAGAUAAAUCAGAAUAACUCCAAAUGUAGCUAGUGCAUUAAAUGCAAAUAUACAAAUGAAUGGCGUUUAUACUGAUGGCCAAUGGAUUCAUUUGACUUUUGUCUCUUGUAGAAAUUAAAGCAAGGUUUUUGUUUGGAAUCAUAAUAUAAAAAAACUCAGUUAAAAUUAGUCCAGUUUCCCUUUCAUUUAAAAUAAUUAGUUCUUAUUAAGUAGUAUUGGUUCAAGUUUCAAUGGUACUAAUAAAUUUCUUGGACUUUUAAGGGAAUUCAGGAUUUGGGGAUAUUCAAUGGAUUCCUUAGAAGUUGAAAUUUUAAGAUACUCUAGUGCGAUUCGAUCCUUUGGCUAUGAUACUUCAAGAUCUUAAGUCCUUUUUCAUAAUUUUAGACUAAAUGAUGGACUAGAUUUUUAAGAUUUGUACGAUACUAUGAUAAAUUAAACCUCUUUAAUCCCAAGGUACUUUGUUGAAAAAGAAUAAGUCCUAACAUCUUUUUCAUAUUAAGCAGAUGAUGAAUUAGUUGUGUGUCCGCAUGAGUAUUUCUACGAUGGUUAAUGCUGCUAGAUAAGCAAUAUCACUGGAUUAGUAGAUAUAUAUUUGUCGUACACGUAAAAUCUUAAUAAGAUAUUAGUUUAAAUAAUAAAGCAUCCUAGCUUAAUUUAACCUAAUAAUACAAUCUUCGCAGAUUUUAAGCUUGUUGAAGUUGGCAAUAACUAUAAUGACAGCUAUGUUGAGAAUAAUAUUUAGAAGUUGUUUAAUGUUAAUAGAUCAUUGGGAUUAAAUAUAAGUACUGGUUUAAUAAAUCCUUUGCUCUACAGUAUAACGCUAAAUGCAAGAAUUUACUCCAUUUACUCUGAGAGAGUAGUGAAUAUACAGAAAUCUUUCCAACUAUACUGUCCAAUUUCAAGACUAAGUCUAAAUGAAUUAGCUAAUUAAGAUAAUAAUACUUAUGCUUUAAGUAGGAAGCCUAAUCAUUAGGUUAAAUUUAAGAGUGAAAUCCUCUUUUCAUAAUGCUAUAAUAAACCUUCAGAUAAUCUCUUAGUUUAUGCUAUAUCAAAAGUAAGCUGGUGGAAUAAUCUUACAACAAGUUAAUUUACAAAUGCAUAUGAUGUUUCAGUUGAUUAAAUUAGGUUGACAUAGAGACUUAAUGCUCAAAAUUUAAAUACCACUAGAAUUACAACUAGAAUAAAUUAUAACGAAUUCUAGAGUUAAGAUUACUUUAUGGAUUUAAUGUAUGUAAAUUAAUCAAUUGAAACUGGCGUUGACAACAAUAAUAUGACUAGAAAUUAACUGACUCAUAAUAACUUGACUUUUAAUUUUAGCAAUGUAACUAUUGAAGGAACUGGUAAUACUUCUUAAGUUCUUAAUAUUUCGCCCAUAUGCCCCUUAGAGAUAUUUAAAAAUAUUUCUUAGUAUAAUUAACUCUGUGUCAUGAGAGGUCGAGACUUUAUAUUAGAUUAAAACUAAUUCAAAAAUCUUGAUUACUAACUUGGCAAAGUAUAUUUAUUCAGAUUCUUAUUCUAGAUACCAAACAGCUAUAUUAUCCGGCCGCUGAAUAUAAAUGUUACUUUCUAUAAAAAUGGUAGCAACAAUGACAGAUGCCCUUCAAUUACAUAUCCACAAAGUUACUACAUUUAUGAUAAAAUGGUCGAGGCAGAUUUUGAAAUCAGACCUGAUGCUUCAUUGUUUUGCUACUUUGCCUAUUUUGAAAUAGUAAGUGUCUCAUUUAGUGUAUUUGAUGAAAUCAGCAGAAAAACUCUACAAAAUAUUGUUUAUUACGAUCCUCAGUACCCUUUAUCAUUUUUCUUGAGAAGUACCAAUACAAACAUAAAAGCAUUAAUGGGUGGUACUGUAUUGACAAUAAAUUCAACUUUUAACACAAGAUAUUAAACUUUCCCUCAAGUUUUAUCAAAAUAAAUAAAUUCCUCAGUUACUGUCACAUUCAAGUCUAAUAAUAUCGUAGCUAAAAUUAACAUGACAACAUUUUCAGGGAAAAACAUUAGUGAUGGGAACAUCAAUUUUUUAGAACCCAAUGUGACCUUAGACGGUUUAUCUUCUUUUGAUCCUGAUAAUGCUACUGCAAGACUAUGGUUUGAUUGGACAUGUCCAGAAGAAAUAACUAAUUGCACUGAAAUGAUCAAAGGUGGCAUAAGAAAUAGUAGACUUGUUAUCGAUAUAUGGACUAAAUUUAUGUAUAACUUAGCUUAUAAUACUUCUUACAUAUUUACAUUGAUAGUUUGGACAAAAGAUAAUUAGUUCAAAGCUAAUAGUACGCUAGAUUAUUCAGUAAGGUUUAUUGCGCCUUAAACUACAGAUGUUAAUUAUGCUAUGAGUCCUACUACAUGUGAGUCAUUGAGUUUGUAUAACUUCGAAGCAAACCCUAACAUUUAUUAUCUAAAUACAACUUUUUCAAGAGUAAUAUCGUUUACAAGAGUCAAUUAUACUGACAUAAUCUUUGGUGUUCAAACUUUAAUUGAUAACGGUUCUAUGCUUAAUAGAUCUCCUUGUGGUUAAGCCAAUGUUACGAGCAGAUUAGUUUUAUAUUAUCCUGGCAAUGAAAUACUGAAUUCUACUGAGGGACCAAUUAAGUUAAUUUAGCAAGAGAGUCCAGGUUUGAUUCCUCUGAAUUAAAAACUCACUGUUUAUUUAAGCCAAAUUUAAAAUCUAUUCAACAUAGGACCCUAAAAAAUAUAUAACGGAACUGUUUACCAGAUAAUAAGAAGAGGUACAAGAACUUUAAUUAAUGUUUAACAAAUAUUUCUUAAGAGGGAGAGAGCUAGUCUAAUGAUACAAUUCAAUUCAAGAGAUUUAUAUUUCGAUAAGUAUGCUAAUCUUGUGAUUGAUGCUUCUAAUGCAUUUGAUGCUGAGACUGAAAUACCCUCGGAAUAUACUUACUUGUGGACCUGUCCAACUCCUGAUCAAAAUUGUGACUCAUUCAACUCUCCAAAGAUGAACACUAGUGCUGAUGAGAGAAAUGAUCUUGGAAUAAAUGGAGUUGGUUAGACAUUUACAUUCUAUGUCCAAAUUAGAGAUCCUUAAUUAUGGUUGGCCAGCUAAAAUUAUUCCAUUCAGGUAACAAUUACCUAGAAAUCUGACUAUUCUGAGUGUAUUAAAACUUCAGUCAGUGGAAAUUUCGAUGAAUUUGACAGUAAUAUUGUGAAAUUAGACUAUUACCAAAAAUAUAACACCUAUAUCACAAUGAAUCUAUUAGUUGAAUGCGAGAACGUCAAUUUAUAAGACCCCACUUGGUCAUCUUCAGUAGAAUAAAACCUCAAAUUUUGGGAAAUAAACGAUAAUAAUGAUUAUGAGAUUCUAAUCAGACCUAAUUAAGUAUAAAACAUAAACCCCCUUGUAGAAACAGCGUUAAUAUUUACUCAAUAAUUAAGAAUGGGCUCAAGUUCAAAAGUUUAUCUAUAUCAGUCAUAUGUAUACCUAGAGAUUAAUCCUCCAUAAAUUGUAGCUAAGCCCUCAGGCUAGUUUAUCUAUAUUGAUGGUUAGGAUGAGUUCAUUUAGUUGAAUGCAACUUAAUCAUAUGAUCCCUUAAACAAAUCAUUUAGCUGUUACUGGAUAUGUCCAGCACUAAUUAGUUAGAAAUAUUGUUUUACUACUUCAUGUUCAUUUCAAAUAUCCUUAAUGCAACUGAAAGAUGAGAUGGGAUAAGAUACUUAUAAUUAACUUCUCAAUUUUUCUCAUUUGUUUUAGCUCAGUAUUGCUACUGAUGACUUUAAAAGAGUGUCUACAGCACCAUGGAGCAUCUAUCUAUCAGAUGGAAUUUAAUUUCCAUACAACACAAGCUAAAUUAGAAAUUGCAGCAUUAAUUAGAUAAAUAACAAUGGUAAUUUCAUUAUUGAGAGAUUUAAUUAGUUUAAGUUUGAAUGCAAUUACGAAAACGGAACUUUAAAUUUAACUAGAUUAUGGGAACUGUAUAAUUGGACUGUGGAUGGAUUGACAUUCAAUGCAGGCUAUACUGUUUAAGAUAAUGUCUUAACAAUCUAGCCUUAUGCUUCAACACUUAUAAAAGAUAUCUAUGUGUAUAUCAAUGUCCAGCCAAAUUAUCUUGGAAAUUAAAUUAUUGGAUAGAACAUGUUUUCUCUGUAGAAUCAACUAAGAAUUGAGAUACCUUUUAAACAAAAUAUCGCAAUAGAUGGUCUCAUUGAUAUAACAUCCAAUGCUUAAAAUCCUAAUUUUUACACCACUAAUUUCACAUUCAUAUUUUCAGACUUUAACUAUGACUCGAGCAUAUACAUUUAACUUAGAAUUCAAAAUGAUAAAUUGAAAGACUAAAAUGUUCUGAUUCCGUUGAAAAGUUUCACAUAAGUUAAUAUUUAAAGAGAUUCAAACAUUUAGAGAUUAUUAUAAUUUACUAAUAUUGAUGUAGAUGCUUGA